AUGGCGCUGUUCAGACGCUUCUUUUAUCGGAAGCCGCCGGAUCGGCUUCUCGAGAUCUCCGAGAGGGUCUACGUGUUUGAUUGUUGCUUCUCCACCGACGUAUUGGAUGACGAUGAGUACAAAACAUACAUGGGUGGCAUUGUGGCUCAGCUACAAGACCACUAUCCCGAUGCUUCUUUCAUGGUUUUUAACUUCAGAGAAGGUGAAAGGAGGAGCCAAAUUUCUGACAUACUGUCUCAGUAUGACAUGACAGUCAUGGAGUACCCUCGGCAAUAUGAGGGCUGUCCACUCUUACCUUUGGAGAUGAUCCACCACUUUUUGCGAUCCAGUGAGAGCUGGCUGUCGUUGGAGGGCCAACAAAAUGUAUUGCUGAUGCACUGUGAAAGAGGAGGGUGGCCCGUACUUGCCUUCAUGCUGGCAGGUCUUCUUCUAUACAGAAAACAGUACACUGGUGAGCAGAAGACUCUUGAAAUGGUAUACAAGCAAGCUCCUAGGGAACUUCUUCAUCUUUUGUCUCCUUUGAAUCCACAACCUUCCCAGAUGAGAUACCUUCAAUACAUUUCCAGAAGAAAUUUGGGUUCAGAUUGGCCACCAUCAGAUACACCUCUUGCUUUGGAUUGUAUCAUUCUAAGGAUCCUUCCCUUGUUUGAUGGGGGUAAGGGUUGCCGACCAGUUGUUCGAGUAUAUGGUCAGGACCCUUCUUCAACAAGCGCAAAUAGAAGUUCUAAACUUUUGUUUUCUACUUCAAAGACAAAAAAAUAUGCUCGCCUCUAUCAACAGGAAGAGUGUGCACUAGUGAAAAUAGAUAUUCAUCGUCGUAUUCAAGGGGAUGUUGUCCUUGAGUGCAUUCAUUUGGAGGAUGAUUUAGUUAGGGAGGAAAUUAUGUUUAGAGUCAUGUUCCACACAACAUUUGUCCGGUCGAACGUUUUGAUGUUGAACCGUGAUGAAAUCGAUAUUCUGUGGGAUGCUAAAGACCAGUUCCCAAAGGACUUUAGAGCAGAGGUACUCUUUUCGGAUGCUGAUACUAUUCCAUCUAUUAUCAACACAGAAGUGGGAAGUGAAGAUGGGAAUGAGACAGAAAGUGUGUCUCCCGAAGAGUUUUUUGAGGUAGAAGAGAUUUUCAGCAAUUUAGUUGAUGGGCAGGAUGGGAAGGGAGUCUUUGAUGCUCAUGCAGUACCAGACAGUAUGCCAGAUGACGAAAUUGAUAAAAUAGUAUGGAAGGACGAUUUGGAACAUCAUGCAUUUCAAGACUGUGCAUCAGAUGAUGGGAAUCAUAAACAGGAUGGGAAGGUGGAUUCUAAUCAUCAUGCAGUGAAAGCCAUUGCUUUGAAUUGUACGAAUGAGAUAUUAGGCUCCACACCAGUGGUUGCUGAUGAGUCCAGCAAUGGAGAAACCAAGGCAGGAACUGCGGAUGUUCGUGGAAAGGAAGAAGAGGAGAUGGAGGAUAAACAAGGCAGCAAUGACACUUUAACUCAGAAGAUGUUAGAAGGGCAGGGUUCACAGCAGAAGUUGGGUGCUGAUAUCUCUAGACAAAAAUCCGAUAAAUCACUCUCAAUGGGACUGAAGAAACAGCCAACUUCCAUCUCAAAACCAAUUGCAGAUUCAAGUGUUGCCAAACAAAAAGUUAAGCAGCAAGAAAAUCAGGGCCCUCUGCCUAGACCAGCAAAGCCUAACACGGUAUCUAGGUGGAUCCCUCCUAACAAAGGAUCUUACACUAAUUCGAUGCAUGUAUCAUAUCCGCCAUCAAGAUAUAAUAGUGCACCACCUAUACUUGCCCUAACAAAGGAUUCUCAGUCUGGGGGAAAAUCGAAGGCGCCUACUACUGCUGCUGCUGAAGCUUUGGUUCCAACAGAUGAAAUUCCUGAAACAACUACAAAUAGAGCAGACCCUUUACUAGCCAAAUAUACAUCUUGCCCCCAGUCUUCAGAUGCGGCAUGCUCUCUUUCCUUGAAUUCACCACUAUCAGACCCUAGCCCACAAAAACUUGUUCCCCCUAAUCCUCCUCCUCCUCCUCCUCAUCUGAAUGGGUCUUUACAUGUUGUUCCCUUGGAACACUCCGUGACAAUUCGGCAGGCAGUAAAAUCUGAGGCCACCCAACCCCCACCCCCUGCUCCUCCUCCGCCUCCUCCUCCGCCUCCUUAUACUUGGAGCUCUUCCUCGUAUACUUCAUCAUCUGCUUUGGUUUUGCAAGUAGGAGUGACAAGUUUGUCCUCCCCUCCUCCUCCUCCACCACCACCUCCACCACCAUCAAUAUCACCACCUCCCACUCGAAAUUCAGUUUGGACAACCUCCGUAGGAGCUCCAUCACCUCCACCUCCGCCCCCUCUGCCGGUGAUCUCAAGGGCAUCGCUUCAAGCAACCCCUCCGCCUCCACCACCUCCUCCUCUCCCUCCACCUUCCACUUCAUCUAGUGGGCUGAAUGUUAGGGGUUUGCCACCUCCACCUCCGCCACCUCCGUGGACAGUUGGGAUUUCUGCAUCUACCCAUGUGACAAUUUUAGGUUCUCUGCCGCCGCCCCCACCACCCCCACCUCCUACAUAUGCAUCCUCUUUGGUGAAGCCUGUUGGAGUUGGAGUGCCUGGUCUGCCUCCCCCACCGCCUCCACCGCCGCCCCGACCUCCUACACAUGAUGCUUCACCUCUGCCUCCACCACUUCCUCCCUUACGUGGAGUUCCUUCUUCUUCUCCUCAUCCUCCUUUUGGUUUACAUGGCGCUCCACCUCCACCACCUCUACCUCCUCCACGGAAUGGGCCUCCAUUCCUAUCCCCUCCUCCUCCGCCACCACCUCCUCUGCGUGGAGCUCCUCCUCCUCCGCCACCACCUCCAAUGCGUGGAGUGCCAUCUCCGUCCCCUCCUCCAAUGCAUGGAGUGCCACCUCCGCCUCCUCCUCCAAUGCGUGGAGCGCCUCCUCCUCCACCAUCUCCAAUGCGUGGAGCACCUCCUCCUCCACCAUCUCCAAUGCCUGGAGCGCCUCCUCCUCCACCACCUCCAAUGCGUGGAGCGCUUCCACCUCCACCACCCCCUACUACAGGUGGACGAACUCCACCACCUCCCCCAUUGAAUGGAGCACCACCACCACCUCCUCCACCUGGAGCUCGUGCGCCUGGUCCUCCUGCACCACCUGGUCCACCUAGACCGCCAGGAGGUGCACCUCCCCCCCCUCCACUUUUAGGUGCUAAAGGAUCAACGGUAGAUGGAAGGGGUUUGCCUUCAGGAAGAGGUCGAGGGCUUUCACGAUCUGCUGGAAUGUCGCCUGCUUCAGCACCUCGAAGAUCUACCCUAAAACCACUGCAUUGGAGCAAGGUAACAAGGGUACUGCAAGGAAGCUUAUGGGAAGAAUUGCAAAGACAUGGAGACCCUCAAAUUGCGCCAGAAUUUGAUGUGUCAGAACUUGAGAGUCUAUUCUCUGCCACAGUCCCAAAGUCAGAUGGCGCCGGAGGUAAAUCUGGAGGGCGACGGAAUUCUGUUGGAUCUAAAACUGAUCGAGUCCACCUGGUUGACCUGAGGAGAGCCAAUAACACUGAAAUUAUGCUCACAAAAGUUAAGAUGCCUCUCUCUGACAUGAUGGCUGCAGCACUGGCAAUGGAUGAGUCAAUUUUAGAUGCUGAUCAAGUGGAAAAUCUUAUAAAGUUCUGUCCUACUAAAGAAGAAAUGGAACUUCUUAAGGGCUACACUGGUGACAAGGAAAACCUGGGGAAGUGUGAACAGCACUUUCUGGAUCUCUUGGAUGGGUGGGAUGUUGAUGAUACUUGUGCCAUCCCAUACUAUUUGAACUCUGAUAUUGAUUUGGACUUGUCUGCAUCGUUGUUGGUUGUCCCUUAG